AUGCUCGACACUCGAGGCUCAGACCAUGCGCGUCUGUAUUUUGAUGGAAAUCCUCCAUCCCGGAACAUUUUGUCAUGCAACAGAAUGCUUGCAGCGCAUGUGAGAAAUGAUCAAACGCCAAUUGCACAGGACCUGUUCGAUCAAAUGCUCGUGAAAGACGUCGUUUCGUGGAACACCAUGUUGACCGGUUUGCAGAAAGCCAAAAACCCACACGGAGUUAAUCGAUGCUUCUUGCAAAUGAGAAGAGAUGACUUUAGACCAAGUGAGUAUACUAUCUCGACGGUACUCAAUGCCUUUCUGGGCACAGCGUUUAAUGUUUUGGUAUCGCAGAUUCAUGCCCUUGUAGUCCGUUUGGCGCUCAGCUCAAGCGUGUUUGUUGGAUCAGCGCUGAUCAAAGGGUAUGCAAAUAUAGGGGAUCAGAUUGCUUUAAGCAGAGUGUUUGAUGAGAUUCCGAUGAAGGAUGUCUCGUCUUCGAAUGCAUUGGUUUCGAGUUACAUGGAACUGGGGUGCACGCUCGAGGCUCAAAGAGUUUUUGAUGUCAUGCCGGAGAGGAAUAUAGUUUCUUGGACUAGUUUGGUAAGCGGGUAUAUCAACAAUAAGAGGAUCAACAAAGCUCGCUCUGUUUUCGACAAAAUGAGAGAAAAGAAUGUGGUUUCAUGGACUGUUAUGAUCAGUGGGUAUGUGAAAAAUCAGAAAUUUAUGGAUGCUCUGGAUCUUUUCCUCUUGAUGUUGAAAUCCAGGGCUCUGCCGAAUCACUUUACAUUUUCAAGUGUGUUAGAUGCAUGUGCUGGUUGUUCUUCACUUAUACUGGGGCAGCAAGUUCAUUCGAGCAUCUUAAAGCUUGGUACGCCGGAGGAUGUCAUCAUGUCAACCUCGCUUGUUGAUAUGUACGCAAAAUGCGGGGACAUUGAAGCGGCAUUUUGUGUUUUCGGAUCCAUGCCGAGAAAAAAUUUGGUGACAUGGAAUUCAAUCAUAGGAGGUUCUGCGAGGCAUGGACUCGCAACAAGAGCAUUGGACAAGUUUGAGAGAAUGACCAAGUGUGGUGCAAAGUUUGGAAUCGAACCAAACGUCGAGCACUACGCAUGCAUGGUCGACCUCUAUGGGAGAGCAGGCAACCUAGAGGAAGCGGAGAAAUUGAUACAGGGGAUGCCAUUUCAGCCGGAUGUUGUGAUUUGGGUUGCAUUACUUGGUGCAUGUGGCUUGCAUUCAAGUCUUCAACUUGGCGAGUUUGCUGCUAAAGAAAUUGAGAAACUGAGAAAUGACCAUCCCGCAAUAUAUUCAACGCUUUCAAAGAUCCAUGGCGAAAGAGGGGUAUGGGACAGUGUAUUAGAGUUUAGGAAAAUUAUGAAAGAGAAACACAUUCAAAAGCAGAAUGCAGGUAGCUGGGUCGAGUCUCAAUAUAGAAUAAGAUGA